AUACCGUUCGUUCAAUAUCCGAAUUUAAACAACAAAUACGGAUACCAUUUGUAUCAGUGGAUAUGAUCAUGCACAGACUGAAAAUGUGUCAAUUAUAGCCUACUAGCGCACAUACAUACUCGCAGUCUCGUCAUCAGAUGUAUCAGACAUGGCAAAAUUCAGACAAACUGCUUGGUAACAUUCCAUGCAUGAGUAUAGGAGGUACCUGAUAAACCAUGAGUUCACCUGCCUAUAAAACUCACUCCCACCGCUAUGUGCUCUUACUCUUGUCAAUCCAUGCUUCUAUGCGUUAUCCACAAUCAGAGGAGAAUAUUUGUGUUAAACAUUUUUACGUGAACAGGGUUUGGUCUGAAAGAGGGGAAUUAUGAUCACUCUUUCACUGGUACCCUUUGUGUCUGGGCUGUGUAUAGGAUUUCUGUCUAUUCAAUACUUUGUUUACUCAGACACCAGCACUGCAAAACCAGCUGUUUUCUCACUGGGUAACUCCAGUGGAGUUCAUAAUGACAAAAGGGUUCCAAGACACAUGCACUCAGAUGAGGACAGGAGUGUUGCAGCCAACCUGUCCCAAAAUGUACGAGUACUGUGUUGGAUCAUGACUGGGCCUAAGAACCUGGAGUCCAGAACCAAACACAUCCGGGCCACCUGGGGCAAACGAUGCAACAAAGUCCUCUACAUGAGCUCAGUGGAGACAGAAUUCCCCACGGUGGGGCUCAAUGUAACUGAGGGACGAGACCAGCUCUACUGGAAGACCAUCAGAGCCUUCCAGUACAUCUACCAACACCACCGCAACGACUACGACUGGGUCCUCAAAGCCGACGAUGACACAUUCAUGGUCAUCGAAAACCUCCGACACACAUUGUCUAAACAGGACCCCGAGAAGCCUGUAUACUUUGGGAGAAGGUUCCGCCCGUUCGUCCAGCAGGGUUACAUGAGUGGUGGAGCCGGCUAUGUCCUCAGUAAAGAAGCCGUCAGAAGGUUCAUCAAGGGAUUCGACACUGGGAAAUGUUCCCACUUCUCCACCAUAGAAGACAUGGCUCUAGGGAAGUGUAUGGAGACUAUGGGUGUGGAGCCGGGGGACUCCAGAGAUGUGAAGGGAAGGCAGACGUUUCAUCCCUACCCACCAGACAUGUACCUGAUCAAAGAGCCCCCCAGAAAACGGCCCUGGUAUCUCUUAUACGACCACUACAAACCAAGAGAGGGCCCAGAAUGUUGUUCAGAUCACAUCGUAUCAUUUCACUACAUCUACCCUUUAGAGAUGUACACGCUGGAAUACUUCACCUAUCAUCUACGGCCCUAUGGAUACAAGUACAGGUACAACCCUGAUGCUGUAGCAGCUGAAAUUGAGAGUAACACCACCACACCUGUCUCUGCUUAAUACAGAGAUAUCACAGACGGACUACUGCACUGAAGAAAGAACUUAUUACUGUGUCAUGUUUAAAUGUCGAAACAACAGCCUGACAUUGCCACUUUCUUUGGUAAGCUGAGCAAUGAGACUGAGGAAAUGGAACCACUCUCAAAUUCACUGACAUUGUAGUUUUAAACAUAUUUUGAAGCUAUACAUUGUUUGUUUGCAUAGACAACAAAUACAUGAACAAUAGAGUAAUAUAGUUUUUUUGUGACAGGGGGAGACAGUUGUACUAAGUUGAGUUCUUUCUGUUGAUAAUUUCACAUUUCCUUUUUUAAUUUUGUAAAGGUAUAAUGUAAAAAUAUAUAUUUUCUUCAGUCAAGUGUAUAUUUUUUACAACUUACAGUAAAACAGAGGAUAACAUAAUAUUUUAUUAAAAUUCAAAUAGAAGUAUGUACUUAAUGUGUUCUCCAGAUUUCUGGAGGUCUAGUGAAAUAUUAAAUUCAGA